UAAUGUAUUUCACUUGGCAGAUUCUUGCUAAUGUGACGAACUUUGUUACAUUAGCAAGAACCUGCCAAGUGAAAUAUUGUCUGUUCUUGCUCACAGCUUUGUCUUUGACUGUUACAAAACACUGACAUUGGAGACUUCAAUGUCACCACCAAAAAUAAAUGUUAUAUAAUCAUCCACUUAAGAAAAACUAUAGUUGUUACUGUAGAAAUAGAUAAAGUGUCAUGCCAUAGGUUACAUUAGACAGUAAGUGAACAGUUAGUUCUCAAAGUUGAUGCAGAAAAAAAGUGAAGUGUCAAAUCUGAGAAGUGACUUUGAUAAGUGCCAAAUUGUAAUGAAUAGAACCCUACAGUAGAUCAGAGGAUCCCCAAACCUUGGGGUGUUCCCAGGAUGUUGUGGUUAGUACCUACCAAAAAUGGUCCAACAAAAGACCACUAGUGAACCCAAUUAGUGAAUCAAUGACUGCAUGUUCUGUAGGUCCCAUGAAAGAGCUUCGCAGCACAAACUGUUGAAAAAGUGAAUUCUGCUCUGAUAGAAAGGUGUCAGAACAUACAGUGCGGUAUGUAGGUUGGUAUGUAGCUGCAUAUCUGCAGACCAGUCCGAAUGCCCAUGCUGACUCAUUUCCAUCACCGAAAUCAUGUACAAUUGGCACAUGAGUAUCAGAACUAGACAACUGAGCAAUGGAAGAAGGUGGCCUGGUUUGAUAAAUUUGCACCAUGCAAAAUUUGUUCAGGUAGUGUCUAGGGAACGUGACAGAGUGUUUAACAUGUCAACUUGGCCUCCAAAUUCCGCAGAUCUUAAUCCAGUCCAGCCUCUGCGGGAUGCGCUGGAUAAAAAGCCAAGUCCAUGGAGGCCCCACCUCGCAACAUAGAGGAUGUUGAAGUAUCUGCUGCUAAAAUCUUGGUGCCAGAAACCACAGCACACUUUCAGAGGUCUUGUGGGAACAUGUCAUGUUGGGACAGGAGCUGGUUUGUGUAUGCGUGGGAAAAUUAUCCUUGGUACUUUACCAACUAGUUUCAGGAAGCAUUGGAAGCAAGAAAAUGGUGGAAAAAGGCAGUAGUUCAAAAUGAUUGAUAGCAUCAUGAUGGCCUUCCUGUGCCUUGGCCUGUCCUCUCUGCUCACCCUGGUUACGGCAGGAGGGGUGAAGAACUGCCACCCGAAGUGCCGCUGCGAGGUGGAGAACUACGGCCUGUUCGACAGCUUCAGCAUCACCAAUGUGGACUGCAGUGGGCUUGGCCCGGGCACCACUCCCAUCCCCAUUCCUCUAGACACCUCGCACUUGGACCUGUCCCACAACUCCAUCAGCUACAUCACUGACUCCAUGCUGUCAGGACCGGGCUACACGACCUUGGUCAGCUUGGAUCUCAGCAAUAACCUGAUAUCACGAGUGAGCGCCAAAGCCUUUAACAGACUACGCUACCUGGAGACACUGGACCUCAGCCAGAACGUUUUGGAGAACCUCAGUGAUGGAUGCUUCACUGGUCUCCCUUUAGCUGAGGUGGAUUUGAGCGACAACAAAUUUCAUAAGUUUGAACUAACCGUCUUUACCACACGGGGUCAAGAAACCCCUAUCAAUGUCGAUCUUUCAAACAACCUUCUCAGCACGGUUUCGAUAAACCCUCAUCUCCAUGCCCCGUACAUCAAGAGCCUGACGCUGGCAGGCAAUCAGCUCAGGACGGUGCCCAGACUUGCAGGAAUUCCCUUACAGUAUUUAAGCCUGGAUGGAAAUCUUUUCCACAGCAUUGACGAAGGAGCCUUCGAGCAGCUGACAGAUCUCAUCUAUCUCUCUCUCAGCGGCCUCGCCGAGCUGUCAGUCAUCCAUCCGAACAGCUUCAGAGGCCUGAGGAAUCUCCAAGUCCUGGACCUUUCAAACAACGUUCAGCUCAAAACAUUGAGUCCAGACGUAUUUAACGGACUGAGCGCUUUACAGGAGCUCAAUCUGUCCAAAUCGGUGGCCACUCCGUUACCCGUGACCAUCUUUAACCACAUGCCAAGUAUUAAAAGUGCGACUCUGGGGCCAAAUAUGCAUUGCUGGAAAACGCACAAGCAAGGACAGUUUCACAGGCAGAUAGGACAGGCUGAAGCGAACGACAUUUUGACUUGUGAUGUUCCAGGGAUCAUAUUGUAAAAAAAAAAAAAUAUAUAUAUAAUAAUAAUAAUUAAAAGAGAGACACUUUAAGAUAUUUUGUAUUUUAUUCUUUAGUGCCUUAUUUUACUAAGUCUUACAUUUUUACUUUUUGACUCGUUUUUUGGACGUCGUUUAUUAAUUUGUAAAUGUUUUCACAGACCAAACCGAAUGAAAUGUCCGCGCCGGAUUUACAAAUGUUCCAGUAACUCUGAUUUUCUUCCUACUUGUGAAUAUGUUGAUAAAUAACAGUUAUAUUUUACGUUACAGAUUAUUUAUAUUAACCCACACCCACAAAACUAAAAAAUAAAAGCUUAAAAAGUCCCCCAUAUGUGAUCUACAUAAAUUCAGGUGAGAUAAAAGCGUCCAAUAAUGCAGCUCAUCCACUGCGGAGCAUCAGCUACAAUCACAAACACACACACACUACUUUCUGCUUAGCAUUACUUUUGUCCUGAUUAAAUAGCUAGGGUCCAUUUAGAGUGUCCAUUUACAGUAACAGUUUUCACAAAAUUUUUGUGCAUGACUGAAAAAAGUUAUUUGAACUUCAAUAUCGGCAUCUAAAAAUGUAGCAUUAAAGCCGAUCAAUUUAUGUUCACAUUAGUCAGUCUCGUUGACAUAACUACAUUUUCACAUUACCUAUUUCUGUUUAAUUUUGAACAUUAAUUACAAAACUAAUGUACGCUGCACUUUACAUAAAACUUGCUUUUCUGGUCAUUUUACAUUCCUUUAAUCCAGACAUUUACUUGCUUACCUUUUUUUCUUUUUUGACCCUUUUUGUAUUUUUGGGAAUUUUUUUUAGAUGGUGUUAUUAUUAUUAUUUUUUUUUACUUUCCCUGCUGUUCAGACACUUUGCAUGUGCCUGAGGCAUCUUUGAAAACCACUUUAUUACAUUUCAACCAAAGCUGAAUGAAAUGUCAGUGCCUUAAUGCAUUUCAGUGUUCUCCUCACUGUCCUAUGCCGGGGGAAAAAGGAAAAAGAAGGGCUUAUGGUAUUCUGACGGCAUAUUUUAAGUAUUUGCACAUGUUUCGGGCUUGAAGACAAGUAACAACUGGGGUCACGUCCUUCUCUGAAUAAAACUCGUCUCAGAAGCUGGUGAAGCAGCCAAUGAACAGAUGUAAAUUCAAACUUCCGAGCUGUUUCUAAGAUCAUUAUUAGUUGUUUUUUUUUUUUAAUCAAAUGUUCAAUUGAAAAAGAAAAAAUUGCACUUUAUCACCAUACAGAGAUAACAUUUGUAAUUGUGGGUGUUGUACAGAAUUGUACAUUUGUACCAAACUUUGUAUAUUUUAUGGCUAAAUAAACUUUUUUUUAAACA